UAUGGGCAGCACUUUUAUGUGCAUCUGGCAACUCCACCGUGUUUUGUUGUUUGUGGCUGGAUUUUCUCAAAUAAAUUUAAUGCAAAAAUGGAUGUGGAUAAGAUAUGCCGCACUUGCCUCAGUCUAACAGGACCCCUCAUGUCGAUCUACGACGAUGGCACCGGCAGCUGCCUUGUAGACAUGUUGGGCGCCUUCACCAAGACCAAGCCGCGUCGCGAAGACAAUUUGCCAGCCAGAGUCUGUCUCAAGUGUAUCAGCGACAUCAAUCACUGCUACUCCUUUAAGCUCAAGUGCGAGAACUCCAAUCGCACGCUGCGCCAGCUGAUACCCAAUGCGUUGCCCGAGGAGUCUGAUGUUGUCGUCGAAGCGAAGCCAGCGGUGAUCACAAAAGAUGCCACAGCGCAGACAAACGCUGUCACCACCAGCACAAGUGAAGCACAAACUGAUGCAGCUGUUGAGGAGCACAACCAAAGCAAUGAGAAGCCGACAACGGUGCUCGCCUUUGAACCCGAGGGCGUAGAAGAGUUCGAUUACGAAUUUUCCGAUGAGCAGGAUGUGCUGCCGUCGAAGGACAGUGCCGAGAACAUCAUACUGCAUGUGGAAAAGGAUAACAUAAAAUUCGAGACCGAAAUGCUCUACAACGAAAGCACCGGUGAGCUGCUCGAGCAGCGUUCCAAAGUGUCGCCCUCCAAGCAAAAAGAGUACAAAUAUCGCCUGGUUAGCAACGGCUCUGGCGACACUUAUAUAGCUCCAGAGCCAGCGCCAACUCUCUCUCAGAUGACGACACGCAAGAGCGCAUCCAAAUUACUGCAACAACAGCAGCAGCAGCAACAGGAUCAGGAGGAGCAACAGCAGGAAACUCCUUUGGCGGCAUCUGCAAAGCGGAGCACACGUCGUCGCACCGCAGCCAAAAUGGAUGAACAAGCCGAUGAUGAAGUGAGUCAAGCAAAGCGGCAAGCCACUGAGCUAGAGGAUCCCAAAGCCAAUUUCCACUGCGAUCGCUGUAAUGCGGGCUUUGUGUUGGAGAAGUCACUCAUCAUACACAGACGGCAAAAUGGAUGCACGAAUCGGAGUUUCAAGUGCAACGAAUGCGAGCGAGUUUUUGUCUCGUUGAACCAUUUAAAUGAGCAUCAGGCAACGCAUGCGGCGCACAAUUGCCAGGAGUGCGGCUCACGCUUUGACUCCAGAGAGCAGCUGGGCAGGCACAUGGUACAGUCGCACAAGCGCAAUCUGCGCAACCAGUGUAACGUGUGCCAGAAGGUCUUUACCAUGCUCUCCACAUUGCGCGAUCACAUGCGCAUCCACACCGGCGAAAAGCCUUUUGUGUGCAAUGUGUGCGGCAAGGGCUUCACCCAGAAUGCGAAUCUCCGACAGCAUAAGCUGCGCCACUCCGACAUUAAGCGCUUCAAGUGCGAGCUGUGCAGUAAUUCGUUUGUGACCAAGGCAGAGCUCACAUCCCACGCGCGCACACACACUGGCGUCAAGCCGUACGAGUGUGAGGUGUGUUCCUCGAGAUUCACCACCAGCUGUUCACUGGCCAAACACAAGCGCAAGCAUACGGGAGAGAGACCGUAUCCCUGUGAUCUGUGUCCCAUGCGGUUCACCGCACUCAAUGUGCUCAAGAAUCAUCGACGCACCCACACCGGAGAGCGGCCAUUUGUGUGUCCAUUUUGCUCGAAGAGCUUCACGCAGCGCGGCGACUGUCAGAUGCAUCAGCGGACGCAUCAGGGCGAUAAAAUCUACAUUUGUCCCGUGUGCAGCGAGGAAUUUAAGUCGAUGCACGACAUGCGCUCCCACAUAACGUUGCACGAGCAGCAGGACAAACGAUUGGCGCACUUUACGCUGUCGAGCAACAAGGAGAAUGGCAAUGCGGCGACAGAGGCACGAGACGAGGACUCCGAUGCGGUCGAGGCGGACAUGAUGUAGAAACUAUGAAAUGAUGACGGAUUCUAUUUGUUAGAAUUUCCUUAGACUUUAAUUUUAGGCUUACACACUGUAGUUAUUAAAAAUGCUUAUGCUGAA